AUGGCAAAACUUAUUUUAUUCGGAUAUAUUUUAUUGCAUUAUAGUUCUGAUGGACAAAUUAUUAGUUUUGAUUAUGAAGAACGUAUUUUACCACCAAUUACUAAUGAAAUUUUAAAAUCUGUUGUAGAUGUUAGUGAAUUAUUAACAGAAUGUGUUGCUCAAUUUGGUUUAUUACUUGAUGAUAUUUCAAUUGCUGAACAAAGUCGUCAAGCAAAUUUUAUUGCAGCAGAAGGUGAUGCUCGUGCAGCUGAUUUGAUUGGCAAAGCUUUAGGUAAAGCUGGUGAUGGUUUGUUUUAUUCGAUUAAAAAAAAAGAAAAUCAGAUCAACAAUGCUCUAGAUGAUAUUAAAGUUUCGGGUUCCAUCUCAAGCAGCUCUAUAGCUCAUUUUCAACUUGUUUUACCACAUGAUCAUCGUUUUGGUAUUAAUUCAAUUCUAAUAGGGAUUUGUUGUGCUGGAACAGGUGACCAUGGUUUUAGUCGACGAAGGUUACCUACUGGAGUUUCAUUAAUUAAUCAAUAUUGUAUAGGUUCAAUUCUUCUUGAAAAUCCAUAUUAUGGUUUAAGAAAACCACCAGAUCAAUCUUGUUCAUCAUUAUUGUAUGUUACUGAUUUAUAUGUUAUGGGUAAAACACUUGUAUUACUUCAUUGGUGCCAAAAAAAUGAAAUUAACACCAACUAUUUUACAUGGUUUUUCUCUUGUUGGUCUGAUCCACUUUCCCUUUUAUUCUGUGCUUCUUGGUCAUCAAGCUCGACAGUAUUUUGUGAUAGUGUACUUUCACGCACUAUUCCAUGGCCUCUUUUAAAACGACAAUUCUAUGAAAAUAAAGCCUAUCAAACAUUUUAUGAUUAUUUACGUGAGCGAAAUAGAUCAAUAGAUUCAAGUAGGAUUGUUGUCGAUCCUAUUAAAGAUAUGAUGCGUCUUUUUAUGGAUGAAUUUACAUCUUUACAUAAUUAUUCGCGUCCAAUUCAAUCAAUAUUACGUGUUGGUAUCCACAUAUGA